GUUUUGAGUGGUCUUGGUGAACUUUCUCCCUUUCGUUUACUGAAACCUUUGGCACAAGUGAUACCGAUAUGGAACCUUUCGAAAGCGAUUUCGAUUUGAGAAGAUGUUUUAAAAUAGUAACAUGACUACCGUGACAUCCAGUGACGUAACAAAAACCACAACGCGGUGCAAAUAUAAAGACAUUUCGCUUUGAGGGGUAAACAGAGUAUUCCUAGCUUCACUCGGAGAAGAUCUGUACAACUUUUUGUUCUAAGAAAGUUGAAAAAGCUACAACAUUAAAGUAAGGAUGUCCUCAAACAAUCUUUUGGAUGUGGCUGUAGAGGAACGAAAGGAAGUGCGCGAGAAUGCUGUAACUUUCGUUUUUAAAAAGGAAGAUCAUGCGAAGAUUCUUCUACACAACCUUUGCGACAUGCAGGCCGGAGAUGGGGGAAUCUUAACCGACGUGAUCCUCACCUCCAGAAGGAAAGACUCCGAAGAAAAGUUACAUUCUCCUCUUCUUGCUGCAAGCAGCCCAAAAGUCAAAGGUCUUCUUAUGGCAAGGAGUGCCAAAGAUUCCACAAGGGCUAUUGCGCUUGAGGGAUUGACUAAAAAAACUCUCUGUUGUCUCAGAAAAUUCAUCUAUAAAUGUGAGUUUACGAUAGAUGAGGACACUCUACAAGACCUCCACAACUUUGCUGUCCAGUUUGAAAUCGAUUCCCUCGCAGCGAAAUGUGAAGAAUUAGAGGAUCGUCAGGGAAGGAUAAGGGUGGCACCUGAUGAUCACGAGGAUGUGCUUUCAGAGCUAUUCCAUAUGUUCUUGGGGAAAGAACUAAUCACAACGAUAGUAGAAGACCAUCAGGGAAAGAUACAGUUAGAAGCACAUGGCCCUCUCAUCGCGGCUGCGUCACCAGCCCUUCAAGAAAUCAUGUUGCAAGGUUGUAUGUCUCGAAGAAGACGCCCAAUUCGUCUGGGUAUCCAUGCUAAUGCUCUUCGCGAAUUUAUCGGUUACCUCUACUCGGCCAAAGUGACUCUGCAACGGGAAAAUGCUGUGGGUCUUCUCAGAGCUGCAUGCAAUUAUCAAAUACCUGCACUUGCUAAAGUCUGCUGCGAAUGGCUGAUUGCCAAACUGGAGGCUUAUGAUGUGGUGGGUAUCCUGUGCUUGGUUCGCGAAUUAGAUUCAGAGUACACUGCAGAUCUUGAAAAAAGAGCAAGGAUACUUAUCAUCAGCAAUUUCAGUUCGUUCAGUACUGAAGACGGAAUCGAUAAACUCGGCCACGAAGAUCUGAUGGAAAUAAUCCAGGAUGACAACCUGGAAAUUGAAGAUGAGAAAGAUGUCUAUCAUGCUGUCAUAAAAUGGUUGGAGUUUGACGAAAAGAAUCGUCUUCCUCAUCUGAGCAGGUUGCUGGCCUAUGUUCGCUUGGAGCAGACCAGCGUUGAAUUCUUGGCCUCCAUCCAACAGGAUCCAAGAAUCGGAAGCUCCCCUGAAUGCCUUGAAGUGAUCGAGGAGGCCCGACAGAGGCUGGCGGAUCAGGGCUACUCCAUGUCUCACUCCGGAAGUUACGAUGAUGAAGGUUUUCAGGAGAACGAAGACUCAAAUGAUGGCGAUUCCUGGCAUGAGGGUUCGCGAGAAGAAUUCCCAGCGGACCAAGAGGGCUUACCAUCUGCAUCUUACAACGGAGAAGACAUCGGGGAAAGCAGAUUGCGCGAAAGUGACCAUCUUGACCACCGUCAUGGAUGUUACUCAGGUGACAGCUACUUGCCUGGCACCUUCCGGCCCAAAACUGGUAACGCGCGCGACGGUGGCCCACGUGAGGGAGAUGAACAUGACGACGGUUACUUGCUUGACCGUUAUUUACGUGACAGUCGCCUGCACAACAGUUCCCUGCCUCAGAGUCACCUAUGUGAAGGCAACCCACCCGAUAGUUACUCGCAUUGUUACGAGCGUGAUGAUAGUUCCCUGUUUGACAGCGACUUAAGUUACUUGCCUCGUGGUCGUGACAGCACUGAUGCGUCUGACGACGAAGAGGCAAGUUGCCUGACGGGCCCUAAAAAGAAAGACGGCCAACCGGACUUGCGCUACAAGGAAAAUCGAAGAAUUUUCUGCAGAAGUGGAACUAACAAAGAUGGUACCCCGGACAUGAGGAUGAGGGAGCAUAGGAGAGAGUUUUCUGUUCCGGUUAACAAGAAUGGAACACCUGACAAGCGAUUUAAAAUAAACAAGGGAUUAGUUGGCACUGUGAGGCAAACAUCACUGUCAACUUCAACCGCCAGACCAGUAAAAGUUCACACAGUGAAGAACAAAGGCACACCGGACAUGAGGUCUAGAAACAACAGAACAGCACUGCGCGGCUCCUCCUGUGUUACAAGUCCUGCAUGUUCAGAAGUUGGUAGCACGCUUUCCGGUCGAGCAAGCUCCUCUAGGGGGCCACCUUUGGCCGUGGGACCUCUGAAGAAAGACGGCACUCCAGACAUGCGGUAUACCGUGAACAAGCAGCGUUUUGGUGUUGCCUCCGCAGCCACAAGCGGCGCGCGGGGACCUCUUAAGAGGGAUGGGACGCCGGACAUGCGCUAUGCAGUCAACAGACAGUCCCACCCCCCUCCGCAGCUUCAGCUUCAGGCACGUGGUCCACUGAAAAAAGAUGGAACCCCUGAUAUGAGAUACAAGGCCAAUAGGCGAUGAUAUGCGUGCAUCUUAGGUUGCCAAAUCUUUUGCAAUUGUUUCCAAGUACAGUCGUACAAGCUUUCCACAUGACAAUCAAAUAUCUAGUCUUAAAGGAAAGUUCGUUUUUGUGAGUUAUUACUGAAGUUUGUUAAGGCUUUGCUUGUAAGCGGCUACUUUGAAUCUUAGCCUAAGUUAACGUUAAAAAAGUACAAAAGAAUAGAGAAAAAGGAACGGUUCUUUCGCUGGUUUUUUCAACGUCGGAAAAGUGAAGGAAGGAGUUACCGCAUUUAUUCCUAAUUAUUGUCUUUGUUAAGUGGCUCUAAAUUAGUAGCAAUUUACAAAAGUUUCGUCAUAUUCUUAAGAAUAGCUUUUGGUAAAUAAUUAAAGCUUAAAAAGGAUA